AUGAACAAGGUCCAGAGAAAGAGAACUGAUAAUCUCGGAGAAAAGAAGCCUCAAGUAAUUGCUAUUUUUAUCUUCGUUGGGAAAGUCUUCUCAAAGUGGAGAAACACUAGCUGAGGAAUAAACAACAGUCAAAUAGCAUGGAUGUAUUGAACAUACCUGCAGAGCGUGGAAAAAGUUGGUAUUUAGCUCUCAUGGCACCCAAUGUGAAGGGCCCACAGUAUGCCUGGCUUGAUCCAUCCAGAAUCUACUGUAACCAACAGUCUCUCAAAGACUGUGUAGAAGACUUGGUCCAGCCUUUCCAGAAUGAUGCCAUAGACAUCGUAGCUGGGAUUGAUGCCAUGGGCUUUGUUCUAGGAGCAGCUAUAGCCUACCAUCUUGGAAAAGGGUUUUUAACCAUUCGGAAAGAAGGUCACAGUUGUGUAGAAACCAUCAGCAAAAAUUACUAUAACUACACAGGUCAAAAGAAAUUGUUGGAAAUGCGGACUGAUGUGGUUAGGAAAGGCUUAAGGGUCCUGCUGGUGGACCAGUGGAUUGAGACUGGAGGCACAAUGGAAGCUGCAAUUGCACUCAUUGAAGAACAAGGUGGGACUAUAGCAGGUAUUGCGACAAUCUGCAUUGAGGACAGUGAAGGAGGCAAGCGAAUUAAAGAGAAAUAUAAAUGUGCAACCUGUGUCCCUGAUCACGUGCAGCCACAAUUCAAUAAUAAAUACCUGGAGACCUUCAAAGCCUUUGAAACAAAGAUUCCAGUUGUGCAAAAUAAAUCUGAGUGAAGCAUCA